GUGAUACCUAAGCAGGUUGGCUCUAGGUAAUAGUUAGAAAGGAGCUCCCCAGGAAAAGCCAACUUCAGGAUGGUGGUUUUCUCGAAAGAAUAUGGCUAUGUGAUUCUCACUGGUGCUGCCAGUUUUGUCUUGAUAACACACCUUGCAGUAAAUGUGGGGAAUGCACGCAAGAAAUAUCAUGUGGAGUAUCCAAACAUGUAUAGUACGGACCCUGAAAAUGGCCACAUCUUUAACUGUAUCCAGAGGGCACACCAGAACACCUUGGAAACGUAUCCCUCCUUCCUGUUCUUUCUUGGAAUCAGUGGGAUCUAUUACCCGCGUGUUGCUACAGGACUUGGUGUAGCAUGGAUAAUUGGAAGAAUGCUCUAUGCUUACGGCUAUUACACAGGGGAUCCUGAUAAACGAAAUCAUGGAGUCCUUGGUUCUGUUGCACUUCUUUGUUUGGCAGGGACCACUGUUUACUCAGCUUUCCAGCAUCUUGGCUGGACCUCCAGAGCCUAGGCAACAUCCAUUCUGGUGAUUCCUUGAGAUAUCUUUAAACAUUUCACUCAUGUAAUUUUUAUCAUUACUUUGUAAAAAAAUAAUAAAAACGAAAAUGAAUCA